UCCCUCACAUGCACCUUUAUCAGCGUGAGAUUGGAGGACACGUGGACAGUCUGUUAGUUACCGUAGAGAAACAUGACUGAGUCCAAGUGUGAGCUUUUUACCGUGGCCAGUGCAGAGACUGUCCAGUGUCAGAAAGAGCAGGCCGCCCCAAUGGGUUUCUUCGAGCGCUAUGUUCAGCCCUGCCUGGCCGAGCUUAUCGGCUCCACUCUCUUCAUAUUUGUAGGCUGCAUCUCAGUCAUCGGCAACGUGGGAAUCACAGGGAGUAUUCAGCCUGCGCUGGCACAUGGACUGGCCCUGGCUAUCGUUGUUGCAGUGUUUGGAGAGAUCAGUGGGGGUCACUUUAAUCCAGCUGUGACGGUGUGUGUGUAUCUUGUGGGAGGAAUGGAGCUGAUCCUUCUUGUUCCAUAUGUACUUGCACAAAUGUUUGGUGGAAUGAUUGGGGCUGGUCUUGCCAAAGCCAUCUCCCCACCCAUUCAGUUCAGUAAUGCAUCUGGAGCUGCGUUCACUGCUAUCAGUAGCAGUGCUGAUGUAGGAGCUGGUUCUGUGGCUGAAAUGGUAAUGACUCUCUUCCUGACCAUGGUGGUCAGCAUGGGGGCUGUGAAUGGGAGGACACGUUGCCAGUUCGCUCCCUUCCUCAUCGGCCUUACAGUGACAGCGAACAUCCUGGCUGGGGGUAUGAUCUCUGGAGCGUGCAUGAAUCCAGCUCGAGCUUUUGGACCAGCGGUGGUGGCUAAUCACUGGGCCUAUCAUUGGGUAUAUUGGAUUGGACCUAUGAUUGGUGCUUUGCUCACCGUCAGCAUUAUCAGGUUAUUGAUGGGCGACAAGAAGACUCGCAUUGUAUUUAAAUAAUAGAGCUGCGACUUAUGAGGGUCAUUCAUGACAUACUUUUGAUUAGCCAUUAAGUAGCCAUUAAGGAUGCUAUGUAGAAAGUUUCACUAAUUUUACCUUGUUUGUCUUGUUUGUUUUUUCUUCAUUACUGUUCAAACAAGCUAACAGUAACAGGCUAACAACUGCAUAUUAACUGUAUAAAGCUGUAUUGUAUUUCAUCUGCUGUAAAAACAAAUCUUCUACUUGUUUAACAUUGUAUCUUCCUAAAUAGUGAAAAAUCAUGUACAAAAUAAAAUCUUUUGCUUUUGUUUGAUAACAAUUUAGAUAAAAUUGUUCCUUGUGCAUAAGUUUGAGAAGUUUAAGGUGAUGUCAAAAAACACUUGGUGACCUUGUAUUUUAUACUUCAGUAUCAGGUGAGUGCUUUAACUAUUAUGAGAUCAAAAUUCAGCAACCCUCAUAAUUCAGAUCAAAGAUCAGCAUUUUGAAUGGAUUAUUUCAGCUAUGCAGUAUCUUAAAUGAGGGAAGUGAUAAAGUUAACACAAAGUUGGGCAGUGAGCCAAACUGAUAAGCAAAUAUCAUGAACAGGGGUUUUAUGGUGGUUUGCCUAGACAAACAAUUUCUUACACAAUAUAUGACAUGACAAGCGCACUUGUUUCUAUAUGCCACUUCCUGUGAUACAGUGGUCUCAGGAGGUAUAGAAAGUAAAUAUCCAUAGGUUUGUUCCUACAGGAAUUUCUGUUUUGAAAAAAACAACUGCAUUAUUGUUAAAUAAA